AUGGAGAAGUUCUUUAAACUACGGCGCUCCGCACCACCCGACCUCCUUCUAAAUGACAUUGUAAACAUUGAUUUGGUCUGUGGCCUGAUGUUUCUCAAAAUCAUAAUGCCGCAAACAAAGACCUUAAGUGAUUAUUUGCAAAGAAAAAGCGUCAAUGUUGCCAGUGACUUGGUCGUACUGAACUCGACUCAAGACUGCCUGAAGAGGAUGCGAUCGGAGAGUAAAAAUGUUAAUAACCAAAUUGAAGCCGCCAUCAGCGUUGCAAAAUAUCUCGGCACCGACCCUAUUGCAGAUUUUGCAAGACUUCACAAAAACAUACGUCGUCCAGAAGCAGAGAAUUUCGAGCUACAACAAAUUAGCAUCUUCUACAGAACAGAGUUCUUUAAGUUUAUUGACAGCCUUUCUGCUACUCUUGCUGAAAAGGAAAAGUGUCUCAGAGGUACGUUUGAACCCUUCCUAAAAGUAUUGAACCCAGAAAUGCCGGGCAAUGUCGAGGAACUGCGCAGUCUUCUUUCAAUGUUUCCCACAGUGUUCUCUCGUGAAAGCAGCACCACUCUACACAGCGAGCUGGCAGUUUUCUUCGAACACGCAAAGAGAAAGCACGAAGAAGAACAACAGAGGGAUCUAGAGAACGGGAAAGAAGUGGCACAGUUGAGCUGCAACGUAGCGGCCAAAAUUGCUUUCCAUUCCGAGCAAAGUUACGAGUUCUGUAGAGGCAUCGACAAGUACUCAAGUACUGUUAUCGUCUACACUGAAAUUACAACACCAACAUCGAUUACGAGUUCUGUAGAGGCAUCGACAAGUACUCAAGGUACUUUAUCGUCUAGCACUGAAAUUACAACACCCAACAUCGAGUAUACAAGUGCAGUUAGCUAUCUACUAGCUGUUCCUGUUUCGAUAUCAUCAAGCAUUUCUGAUACUUCGAUUGUGUCCCCCUAUGGAACUUCAUCAACAGGAAUAAUUACAUCUGAUUUGCAAGCUAGUAUUGGAGCUACAUCUUCGUUGCCUUCUUCAGUGAUUCCGACCACUUCAAAUACAAUAGCUGCGACAAGUUCAUCUUCAGUUGCUGAUACGAUAUCAUCAAGAAGUGCUGAAACACCGACAGUAGCCUCUAGGAUAGAAUCUGUUUCACUUGCAGUUACGAGUUCUGUAGAGACAUCGACAAGUAUUCAAAUACUGUUAUCGUCUAGCACUGAAAUUACAACACCAACAUCGAGUAUACCAAGUGCAGUAGCUUCUAGUAGUGUUCCUGUUUCGAUAUCAUCAAGCGUUUCUGAUACUUCGAUUGUGUACCCCUAUGGAAUUUCAUCAACAGGAAUAAUUACAUCUGAUUUGCAAACAAGUAUUGGAGCUACAUCAUCGUUGUUUUCUUCAGUGAUUCCGUCCACUUCAAGCACAACAGCUGCUACAAGUUCAUCUUCAGUUACUGAUUUGAUAUCAUCAAUCAGUGCAGAGACAUCCACAGUGCUUUCAAGUAUAGAAUCUUAUUCACUUGCAGUUACGAGUUCUGUAGAGGCAUCGACCAGUACUCAAUCAAUGUUAUCCUCUAGUAUUGAAAUUACAACAGCAACAUCAAGCAUACCAAGUGCAGAAGCUUCUACUAUUCUUCCUGUUUCGAUAUCAUCAAGCAUUUCUGAUACUUCGAUUGUGUCCCCCUAUGGAACUUCAUCAACAGGAAUAAUUACAUCUGAUUUGCAAACAAGUAUUGGAGCUACAUCAUCGUUGUCUUCUUCGGUGACUCCGUCCACUUCAAGCACAACAGCUGCGACAAGUUUAUCUUUAGUUGCUGAUACCUUAUCAACAGGCAGUGCUGAGACAUCCACAGUGGUUUCAAGUAUAGAAUCUAAUUCGCUUGCAGUUACGAGUUCUGUAGAGGCAGCGACAAGUACUCAAGUACUGUUAUCGUCUAGCACUGACAUUACAACAUCAACAUCAAGCUUACCAAGUGCAGAAGCUACUACUAGUCUACUUGUUUCGAUAUCAUCAAGCAUUUCUGAUACUUCGAUUGUGUCCCCCUAUGGAACUUCAUCAAGAGGAAUAAUUAUAUCUGAUUUGCAAACCAGUAUUGGAGCUACAUCAUCUUUGCCUUUCUCUGUGAUUCCGUCAACUUCAAGUACAACAGCUGCUACAAGUUCAUCUUCAGUUGCUGAUUCGAUAUCAUCAAGCAGUUCUGAGACAUCCACAGUGGUUUCAAUUAUAGAAUCUGUUUCAUUUGCAGUUACGAGUUCUGUAGAGGCAUCGACAAGUUCUCAAGCACUGUUAUCCUCUAGUACUGAAAUUACAACAACAACAUCAAGCAUACCAAAUGCAGUAGCUUCUACUAGUGUUCCUGUUUCGAUAUCAUCAAGCAUUUCUGAUACUUCGAUUGUGUCCCCCGAUGGAACUUCAUCAACAGGAAUAAUUACAUCUGAUUUGCAAACUAGUAUUGGAGCUACAUCAUCGUUGCCUUCUUCAGUGAUUCCGAUCACUUCUAAUACAAUAGCUGCGACAAGUUCAUCUUCAGUUGCUGAUACGAGAUCAUCAAGCAGUGCUGAGACAUCAACAGUGCUUUCAAGUAAAGAAUCUGUUUCACUUGCAGUUACGAGUUCUGUAGAGGCAUCGACAAGUACUCAAGUACUGUUAUCGUCUAGCAACGAAAUUACAACACCAACAUCGAGUAUACCAAGUGCAGUAGCUUCUACUAGUGUUCCUGUUUCGAUAUCAUCAAGCAUUUCUGAUACUUCGAUUGUGUCCCCCUAUGGAACUUCAUCAACAGGAAUAAUUGGAUCUGAUUUGCAAACUAGUAUUGGAGCUACAUCAUCGUUGUCUUCUUCUGUGAUUCCGUUCACUUCAAGCACAACAGCUGCGACAAGUUCAUCUUCAGUUGCUGAUACGAUAUCAUCAAGAAUUGCUGAAACACCGACAGUAGCCUCUAGGAUAGAAUCUGUUUCACUUGCAGUUACGAGUUCUGUAGAGACAUCGACAAGUAUUCAAAUACUGUUAUCGUCUAGCACUGAAAUUACAACACCAACAUCGAGUAUACCAAGUGCAGUAGCUGCUAGUAGUGUUCCUGUUUCGAUAUCAUCAAGCAUUUCUGAUACUUCGAUUGUGUCCCCCUAUGGAACUUCAUCAACAGGAAUAAUUAUAUCUGAUUUGCAAACCAGUAUUGGAGCUACAUCAUCUUUGCCUUUCUCUGUGAUUCCGUCAACUUCAAGUACAACAGCUGCUACAAGUUCAUCUUCAGUUGCUGAUUCGAUAUCAUCAAGCAGCUCUGAGACAUCCACAGUGGUUUCAAUUAUAGAAUCUGUUUCAUUUGCAGUUACGAGUUCUGUAGAGGCAUCGACAAGUUCUCAAGCACUGUUAUCUUCUAGUACUGAAAUUACAACAACAACAUCGAGUAUACCAAGUGCAGUAGCUUCUACUAGUGUUCCUGUUUCGAUAUCAACAAGCAUUUCUGAUACUUCGAUUGUGUCCCCCUAUGCAACUUCAUCAACAGGAAUAAUUACAUCUGAUUUGCAAACUAGUAUUAGAGCUACAUCAUCGUUGCCUUCUUCAGUGAUUCCGACCACUUCAAAUACAAUAGCUGCGACAAGUUCAUCUUCAGUUGCUGAUACGAUAUCAUCAAGCAGUGCUGAGACAUCAACAGUGGUUUCAAGUAUAGGAUCUGUCUCACUUGCAGUUACGAGUUCUGUAGAGGCAUCGACAAGUACUCAAGUACUGUUAUCGUCUAGCACUGAAAUUACAUCACCAACAUCGAGUAUACCAAAUGCAGUAGCUUCUACUAGUGUUCCUGUUUCGAUAUCAUCAAGCAUUUCUGAUACUUCGAUUGUGUCCCCCUAUGGAACUUCAUCAACAGGAAUAAUUACAUCUGAUUUGCAAACUAGUAUUGGAGCUACAUCAUCGUUGCCUUCUUCAGUGAUUCCGACCACUUCAAAUACAAUAGCUGCGACAAGUUCAUCUUCAGUUGCUGAUACGAUAUCAUCAAGCAGUGCUGAGACAUCAACAGUGGUUUCAAGUAUAGGAUCUGUUUCACUUGCAGUUACGAGUUCUGUAGAGGCAUCGACAAGUACUCAAGUACUGUUAUCGUCUAGCAUUGAAAUUACAACACCAACAUCGAGUAUACCAAGUGCAGUAGCUUCUACUAGUGUUCCUGUUUCGAUAUCAUCAAGCAUUUCUGAUACUUCGAUUGUGUCCCCCUAUGGAACUUCAUCAACAGGAAUAAUUACAUCUGAUUUGCAAACUAGUAUUGGAGCUACAUCAUCGUUGCCUUCUUCAGUGAUUCCAUCCACUUCAAAUACAAUAGCUGCGACAAGUUCAUCUUCAGUUGCUGAUACGAUAUCAUCAAGCAGUGCUGAGACAUCAACAGUGGUUUCAAGUAUAGGAUCUGUCUCACUUGCAGUUACGAGUUCUGUAGAGGCAUCGACAAGUACUCAAGUACUGUUAUCGUCUAGCACUGAAAUUACAACACCAACAUCGAGUAUACCAAGUGCAGUAGCUUCUACUAGUGUUCCUGUUUCGAUAUCAUCAAGCAUUUCUGAUACUUCGAUUGUGUCCCCCUAUGGAACUUCAUCAACAGGAAUAAUUACAUCUGAUUUGCAAACUAGUAUUGGAGCUACAUCAUCGUUGCUUCUUCACUACAUCAUCGUUGUUUCUUCAGUGAUUCCGUCCACUUCAAGCACAACAGCUGCGACAAGUUCAUCUUCAGUUGCUGAUACGAUAUCAUCAAGCAGUGCUGAGACAUCCACAGUGGUUUCAAGUAUAGAAUCUGUUUCACUUGCAGUUACGAGUUCUGUAGAGGCAUCGACAAGUACUCAAGUACUGUUAUCGUCUAGCACUGAAAUUACAACACCAACAUCGAGUAUACCAAGUGCAGUAGCUUCUACUAGUGUUCCUGUUUCGAUAUCAUCAAGCAUUUCUGAUACUUUGAUUGUGUCCCCCUAUGGAACUUCAUCAACAGGAAUAAUUACAUCUGAUUUGCAAACUAGUAUUGGAGCUACAUCAUCGUUGCCUUCUUCAGUGAUUCCGUCCACUUCAAAUACAAUAGCCGCGACAAGUUCAUCUUCAGUUGCUGAUACGAUAUCAUCAAGCAGUGCUGAGACAUCAACAGUGGUUUCAAGUAUAGGAUCUGUUUCACUUGCAGUUACGAGUUCUGUAGAGGCAUCGACAAGUACUCAAGUACUGUUAUCUUCUAGCACUGAAAUUACAGCCAAACAUCGAAGAAUAAUUACAUCUGAUUUGCAAACUAGUAUUGGAGCUACAUCAUCGUUGUCUUCUUCAGUGAUUCCGUCCACUUCAAAUACAACAGCUGCGACAAGUUCAUCUUCAGUUGCUGAUACGAUAUCAUCAAGCAGUGCUGAGACAUCCACAGUGCUUUCAAGUAUAGGAUCUGUUUCACUUGCAGUUACGAGUUCUGUAGAGGCAUCGACAAGUACUCAAGCUACAAAAGCUGCGACAAGUUCAUCUUCAGUUGCUGAUACGAUAUCAUCAAGCAGUGCUGAGACAUCCACAGUGGUUUCAAGUAUAGAAUCUGUUUCACUUGCAGUUGCGAGUUCUGUAGAGGCGUCAACAAGUACUCAAUUACUGUUAACGUCCAGCACUGAAAUUACAACACCAACAUCGAGCAUACAAAGUGCAGAGGCUUCUACUAGUCUUCCUGUUUCGAUAUCAUCAAGCAUUUCUGAUACUUCGAUUGUGUCCCCCUAUGGAACUUCAUCAACUGGAAUACUUACAUCUUAUUUCCAAACAAGUAUUGGAGCUACAUCAUCGUUGUCUUCUUCAGUAAAUCCGUCCACUUCAAAUACAACAGCUGCGACAAGUUCAUCUUCAGUUGCUGAUACGAUAUCAUCAAGCAGUGCCGAGACAUCCACAGUGGUUUCAAGUAUAGAAUCUAAUUCACUUGCAGUUACGAGUUCUGUAGAGGCAUCGACAAGUACUCAAUUACUGUUAUCUUCUAGCACUGACAUUACAGCCAUAACAUCGAACAUAUCAAGUGCAAUAGCUUCUACUAGUCUUCCUGUUUCGAUAUCAUCAAGCAUUUCUGAUACUUCGGCUGUGUCCCCAUAUGGAACUUCAUCAACAGGUUUAAUAUCAUCUGAUUUGCAAACCAGAAUUGGAGCUACAUCAUCGUUGUCUUCUUCAGUGAUUCCAUCCACUUCAAGUACAAAAGCUGCGAAAAAUUCAUCUUCAGUUGCUGAUUCGAUAUCAUCAAGCAGUUCUGAGACAUCCACAGUGGUUUCAAGUAUAGAAUCUGUUUCACUUGCAGUUGCGAGUUCUGUAGAGGCGUCAACAAGUACUCAAUUACUGUUAACGUCCAGCACUGAAAUUACAACACCAACAUCGAGCAUACAAAGUGCAGAGGCUUCUAGUAGUCUUCCUGUUUCGAUAUCAUCAAGCAUUUCUGAUACUUUGAUUGUGUCCCCCUAUGGAUCUUCAUCAACAGGUAUAUUUAUAUCUGAUUUGCAAACCAGUAUUGGAGCUACAUCAUCGUUGUCUUCUUCAGUAAAUCCGUCCACUUCAAAUACAACAGCUGCGACAAGUUCAUCUUCAGUUGCUGAUACGAUAUCAUCAAGCAGUGCCGAGACAUCCACAGUGGUUUCAAGUAUAGAAUCUAAUUCACUUGCAGUUACGAGUUCUGUAGAGGCAUCGACAAGUACUCAAGUACUGUUAUCUUCUAGCACUGACAUUACAGCCAUAACAUCAAGCAUACCAAGUGCAGUAGCUUCUACUAGUCUACUUGUUUCGAUAUCAUCAAGCAUUUCUGAUACUUCGAUUGUGUCCCCCUAUGGAACUUCAUCAACAGGAAUACUUACAUCUUAUUUCCAAACAAGUAUUGGAGCUACAUCAUCGUUGUCUUCUUCACAACGACACCGGAAUUAA